CACAAGGACCUGCGCUGCAGGAUGGCGCCCAACUUCACGCCGCGCACUCUUUCAACCUACGCCGCCGUCCAGCAGCGCAUCAUCCUCGCCCACAUCCGGAGGUUGCUAGACCGGAACCGGAGCUCAGCCGCGACGCCGACGCCCAUACCCAUACAGGUAACCUGCCGCAACAUAAACCUUGAGACCUCACAGACGGUCUUCGUAGGGCCGUACCUCACCGAGGAGGCGAGGCAGAGAUUCGACAAGGACUACGCUCUCUUCAACGCGGGUCUCCUGGCAAUGCCCGUGGACCUGCCCGGGUUCGCCUUCAGACGGGCGAAGCUGGCCGUGGCGCGCCUGGUGCGCACGCUCGGGGAGUGCGUACGGCAGAGCAAGGCACGGAUGCGCGCCGGCGGCGAGCCGGAGUGCCUCGCUGACUACUGGAUGCAGGCACUGGUGAAAGAGAUGGACGCGGACGCGACGCCUCCCAUGCACACCGAUGACGUCGAGCUUGGGGGCUUUCUGUUCGACUUCCUCUUCGCCGCCCAGGACGCGUCCACCUCUUCGCUCUGCUGGGCUGUCUCCGCCCUCGCGUCCCACCCAGACGUCCUCGCCCGCGUGCGCGCCGAGGUGUCCGCGAUCUGGUCGCCGGAGUCUGGGGAGCCCAUCACCGGCGAGAUGAUCCAGCAAAUGAAGUACACCCAUGCGGUCGCGCGCGAGGUGGUCCGGUACCGUCCUCCGGCGGCGCUGGUGCCGCACAUUGCCGCGGAGCCGUUCCAGCUGACGGAGUGGUACACGGUGCCAAAGGGCGCCAUCGUCUUCCCGUCGGUGUACGAGUCGUCGUUCCAGGGGUUCACCGCGGCGGACGAGUUCGACCCGGAUCGCUUCUUCUCGGAGGAGCGCAGGGAGGACGUGGUGUGCAAGCGCAACUUCCUGGCCUUCGGCGCUGGCGCGCACCAGUGCAUGGGCCAGCGCUACGCCCUCAACCACCUCGCGCUUUUCAUGGCACUCUUCGUCUCCGUCGUCGACUUCAAGCGGGACCGGACGGAGGGGUGCGACGAGCUGGUGUACGCGCCGGCCAUCAUGCCUAGGGAUGGCUGCGCCGUCUACCUCCAGCAGCGUUGCUCUUCCUUCUGA